UCCGCUCCGGCGGACCGGCCCUCGUCACUCCGUGCGAUAGUUGCCGUUUGUCCUAAUCAAACCGAUCCAUUUCCUCUCCAACAAGUUGACUUAUUUCACCGCUGCUCCGAGCGUAUAAUCCUUAAUUAGCAACCACCGACGGCCGCAAUUACCUCCCACCCCCGCCCCACCCCUCGUAAACCCCGAUUCCUCGAUCGAAUCUAGAGCACAGGUGAAGAGGAGGUAGCCGGCGGCGGGCGAGCGGCCAAGUCUCUCAGGUGUCUUCGACGAUGGGGUUCAUCUCGGGGGUGGUGAUGGGGUUGGUGGUCGGCGUCGUGAUCAUGGCCGGGUGGAGCCGCGUGAUGCAGCGGCGCAGCAGGAAGCGCGUCGCCAAGGCUGCGGAUAUCAAGGUCCUUGGGUCUCUUGGCAGGGAGGACCUCAAGAAGCUCUGCGGCGACAAUUUCCCCGAGUGGAUAUCCUUCCCACAGUAUGAGCAGGUGAAAUGGCUGAACAAGCAUCUCAGCAAACUUUGGCCUUUUGUUUCACAAGCUGCAACUGCAGUUGUUAAGGAAUCUGUUGAACCCCUGCUAGAUGAUUAUCGACCUCCAGGAAUAAAAUCUCUGAAGUUCAACAAAUUCUCUCUUGGAAAUGUCUCGCCAAAGAUCGAAGGCAUCCGUAUCCAAAAUCUUCAGCCAGGCCAAAUCAUAAUGGAUAUAGAUUUCCGUUGGGGUGGUGAUCCAAGCAUAAUCCUUGCUGUUGAUGCUCGAGUUGCAUCACUGCCUAUUCAGCUCAAGGAUCUCCAGGUCUUUACCGUUGUUCGUGUCGUAUUUCAACUAUCAGAAGAGAUUCCCUGCAUCUCUGCUGUUGUCGUUGCUCUCCUCGCAGAGCCAGAGCCUAAAAUACAGUACACAUUGAAGGCUGUUGGGGGUAGUCUGACUGCUAUUCCAGGACUUUCUGAUAUGAUUGAUGAUACUGUCAAUUCAAUUGUCAAUGACAUGCUCCAGUGGCCACACAGGCUUGUUGUUCCACUUGGCGUCAAUGUUGACACAAGUGAGCUGGAGCUUAAACCUGAGGGAAAACUUUCUGUUACUGUAGUAAAAGCAACAUCUCUGAAGAACAAGGAGUUGAUUGGUAAAUCUGAUCCCUACGUGACCCUGUAUGUGCGUCCCAUGUUCAAGGUCAAAACAAAAGUCAUAGAUGACAACCUAAAUCCUGAAUGGAAUGAAACAUUUGAACUGAUUGUUGAAGACAAGGAAACCCAAUCUGUCAUUUUUGAGGUUUAUGAUGAAGACAACCUUCAGCAAGACAAGAGGCUAGGUGUGGCUAAAUUAGCAGUGAAUAAUAUUGUGCCCCAGACUCCCAGUGAAAUCACUCUGAAGCUUAUGCAGUCAGUAGAUUCACUUAAGAUUAAAGACUACAGGGAUAGAGGGUCAUUACAUCUUAAGGUCAUGUAUCAUCCAUUUACCAAGGAAGAACAACUGGAAGCCCUGGAGUCGGAAAAGAAAGCAAUAGAGGAGAGAAAGCGGCUGAAGGAGGCAGGGGUAAUUGGCAGCACGAUGGAUGCACUUGGUGGCGCAGCAUCACUAGUUGGUUCAGGUGUUGGAUUUGUGGGCACUGGCGUUGCCGGGGGUGUUGGGCUCGUGGGCUCAGGGCUUGGUGCUGGCGCUGGUCUGGUUGGUUCUGGUAUUGGUGCCGUGGGCAGCGGCCUUGGUAAAGCUGGGAAGUUCAUGGGGAGGACUGUGACAGGGCACUUGGGCAUGUCUCGCAAGAGUGGUAGCAGCUCCACUGUUCCCCAACCUGACCAGCCUUCUGCAUAACUUGAUGUACAGUGAGAGUAGCGUGUCAUCUUUACUUUUGGUUAAUUAUGAACAUACUUUCGGUUUGCAUUCCAGUGUGCUGUAUCUGCGGUGCAACUCAUAUAAACUACUAUUUGUUGGUUUCUUUAUUGUAUUUUAUGUGAACAAUAUCCUUGACAGAUUACUGUAAAUUACAACAACUUUCACAAACUAAUGCAACAGAACGGUAUUUAAUACUUUCCAAA